CAAAAAGUGGGGGGGGGGCUAAAGCCCUCCCAGCCCCCACUGCUCCGCGGUGCCUGUAGAACCGACCUACAAAGGUAUGGAAGGGUAAAUCUACCUGCAGGAAAAUAGAAAAAGGUAGUCAGCAAAAAAUAAGCUCUGUCCUUCGCAUGCAGUUGGUAUCAUUGGGAGCAGAUCUAGGACGGAAGUUACUAAAGAAUUCGACAAAGGAACUAUUGAUUAAAGAUUUUCAUAGUUUCAAUGUUUUCUUUUGUUGUUGUAAAAAUCUGACUUAUGCUUCUGCAUAGGUUGCUGUAGUCUGGAUCCGCCUCUCUGCAUUUAGCAAGCUCGUUUUGGACAAAAAUAAAAACAUAGGAAUUGAUUUCCGCCUUCAUUCCCGCCUUCGUUUCCGCAUUUACCAGUGAAUGUGAUGAUCACCUGACUCAAAAUGAUCUUUGCCCUCAACAACAGAACGUACAUGCUCAAGAGUUCAGAAGUGCAGAUUAAGUGGACAUUGUGUGUUGUUGGAAUUCUUAGUGGUAGGUUUCAAGGCAUAGCUCAGUGUGCUUGAUGUUGACAACUGCACGAGGUUUUCAAGCUUUGUCCAAACAUAAUGGAUAUAAACAAAAAUUCAGAGAAGUCGAUAAAGUCGCUUAAAACAGUCAGAAAAAGCCAAGGUAAAAAGUCAUUUGCAUGCAUGAUCUUGAAUGCAGGAGAAAUUUGUUUACAGUUAUUUAUAUCAUCUAUUGCAUGGAUCGCCUUAAUUGUUUACAUAAUCAUACCUAUUGCACCAGUGGUGGCUACAUUCGUAUUAGCGAGGUUUAUAGAACGCCUUGUCUACUGGCGUGUGCAUGGUUUAGAAGCAGUAACAGGUGGUGAUUCGGUAUGGCUGUCCAAUGGACCGGAAAAUCCAGGGAUAAUUGCUGCUCUAUUGACAUUUAGCAGCGAAAUGGACCUCGAGAAACUUAAGAAACGUGUACUUGAAACGAAGGAGCAGGGAGCCAAGAUAACCAGUAAUCCUUAUCGACGUUUGACGAAAAAAGUCAGAAGUGCAUUUCUUAAUCACUUCUGGGAAGACGAGGAGAAUUUUGAUAUAGGAGAACACGUGAAAAAGUGGCCCGAGACGGCAAAGUCCAAAGAAGAGGUUCGUGCAAUAAUGUCACGAUUGUGUGCACUUCCUUUUCGUUUGGGGAUGUCCCAAUGGGAAUUCGUGAUCAUUCCCUGGAUGGAAAAUGGCGGGAAAAAAUCAGCUGUUAUGUUUCGAGUGAACCAUAGCCUGGCCGAUGGUGGUUCUUUGAUGAAUUAUUUGACAAAUGCGCUCACAGAUAAUAAUGCAGAACCUAUAAAGUUCAAGAAAUUUACACAGACGGGGAGAAUUUUCAUGAGUCUAAAAGGUGCUUUAUUCAGCCCGAUAUUUGUGGCCAAAAUGCUUCUAAGCCGAAGUGACUCGACAAUUCUGCACGGAAAACCUCUCAGCGGGAAAAAGGUCCUCACUUGGUCUGAUCCUCUGAGCAUGAAAACCAUGAAGAGAAUUAAAACAGCCACUGGAACCACACUGAAUGACGUGCUUGUCGCCUGCAUGACCGCCUCAAUAAGAGAAUUUUUCAUCAGCAAAGAAAUAGAUCCACCUCAAGAUGUCAAGGUCUCUAUCCCCAUCGAUUUACGCAAAAACUGGGAUUUGGAUGCUGUUGAGUUUGAGAACAGAUUUGCGGUUCUGCAGUUAGCCUUGCCAACGGGGAUCAGUGAUCCUUUGGCACAGUUAUACAAAGUCCAAAGUCGAAUGAAUGACUUCAAAACAUCAGGGGAACCAUUUGCUGUUGGGCCAUCCAUGGACACUCUCCUAACUAUCCUGCCCACCUGGAUUAUCUCACCAAUCUUCAAUUUCAUUGUUCAAAAAAGUACCGGGGUAUUAUCAAACGUCCCUGGGCCACAAAAUCCUUUAACUUUAGCUGGAUGUAGUAUCGAAAACAUGACAUUCUGGGCUCCUCCCAGAGGUAACCUUGGGAUGACCUUCUCAAUUACUAGCUACAACGAGAAGAUAUGUAUCGGCGUUCAGAGCGAUGAGUCAAUAUUAGACAAUCCUGACGAAAUUUGCAACCAUUUCAGUGGGCAAGUCGAGAGGUUAUUGAACAGAUUAAAUUUAAACGACUGAUAGAUUUUCAGAUGAAGUUUGUUGGUUUGGGACUCUGUAAUGAUUCCUUUGAUGUAGAUUGAAAUUCUCAACCUGUAGCUGUUUCCCACGGACGCCGGAACGACCAAAGGGCAAGGGGGCAAACUUGAGUUAAAGGGCCUUUGAAAGAUAACUCCCUACUAAUUCCUUCUACUAAUUGCCAUUUUAUCUCGAUCUUCUGUAGGUAUUUGAAAAAUUGGCUUACUUUUGGCAUAAGAAUUUAUUUUACAUAUUUUGAGAAAUGUCGUCAUGAAUUAAGCACUGCAAUCAGAAUUUCAUCUUCCUGAUUAUUACCAUUGGCCAGUUUUGAGGGUACUUCAAUCAAUUGAGCACUCUGGCCCCUCUUGCCUCUCCUAUCAGAAGGCAACAGGGGCGGUUGACCCCCUCGCCCCCAUUCUCCGGCAUCCCUGCUGUUUUCUAACGUACUGAAAUAUGACUCACUCUUUUCUUAAGCGAAAACUACUAAGUGGACAUAUAUGCAAGAUUAAUUGAGUAAACAUAUAUAUACACCUCACUUAAUAGAACAGUUUAUCUGCGUAUUUUAUCGUGGCUUUUUGACAAGUCAGAAUAUUCUACUUCGUGAAUGCAUACUCUUCUUAUUUAUAGGCCCGUGUUUAUGCUUUGAUCGAAUUCUUUUAGUCUCAUGCAGACAAUCUCCUUUUGGCAGUUUUGUUACUAGACACUGUUAUAAUACAGAAAUAUGCACGACUUUUACUGUUUAUCCAUGGAAUAUUUAAAAUCGCUUUUAUUCAUGGGUUGUAUGAGGAAUAUCCAAAUAGCAUUAUCAAUGACGACAGUCCCCAAAUAGACAGUGAGAUUCAAGUAUCAGUCAUGUCAGCUAGUAAGAAUUGCCUUAUCCUUCUCAAAAAACUCAUGAAAGAAGAUAAAUUUGUUAAAUUUACUAUCAGCGAAGUGGAAAAGGAAAUCUUACAUACAAUGAUAAUGUUGAGAAAGAGAAAAAGAGUGCAAAAGUCUUCGCUUAGUGUAAGGAUAGAAAUUUUAGCGAUAGUAGUAUUGGUAAUAUUGGCAUUAGUGUACUCUCUUGAACAUUUUGCAAUAUACAGAAUGUUUAUUAAAGAUCUAUCUACAGCCGUCUGUGCAUUAUUUGGUAUUGACUUCAUAUGCGUGAUGAAAAAAUAAGCCUAGAUCAUACUUUUUAUGCAGUUGUUCCAUGCAAUUAUCUUAGAAUUGGCUACUGCAGAACAGAUUAGUAAGUAAUAAAUGAUUUCAUCAACAACUCUGCAUUUUGCAAUCAAAUGAUAGAAAGAUCGAUCAAUUUACGAAUUUUCUAGAGCAGAUUUUAAUACUGUUAACGUUUGAGAAAGUUGCUAUACAUCAUAAAUUUCUGGUCAUAUUUGUUUAAAUCUUUAUUAUAGAUUCUACUUUUGAGAAUUUGGCCAACUAUUGUUGGUCUCAAGUUGAUAAUUCUGCGUGUUUAGCGUUCGAAGAUCACCAGAAAUAAAUCAAAACCGAUCACCGGAGAAUAAUUUUCACAACUAGCUGCUUCGGCUGCAAAUGUGGAAUAGAAAGAUUGCAAACAUCAGGAUAUUCAUGAUCCAUCGAUGUAGUAUUGCUUGAAAGGUGGAUGGCAAUAAUUUGGCUCCUUUGCUAUGUUAUGGAGACAAGCAAUGAAUUUGUAAAGCAUUUAAAAACAAGGUCAAGUCUUUUUUUUUAAAUUUUGUGGACUCUUUCAUGGUUUCUGGAAAUUAACUAGUAAGGAAUUCAGAAAAAAUGUAAUUAUGCCAAGCCAAAUAACAGUCGAUUGAAGAAAAUUGCUGUGGCUGUGAGUUGGUGGGAUACUGUAUCAACCCUCCCCCUCCGCCUCUCCCGCAUACCACGGUCAUUAAUGAAUGAGUCAUUAGUCUAAGCUAAAGAUUUAAAAAAUGAUUAGAUUUGAACCUACCAAGCAGACAUGGCAAACCAAGAUUGAAAUUCCAAUCGCCAAUGUAGUUCCGUAUGGCUCAACUUUCUUGCCUGGAUCAGUUACUGCACAAACGGUCAGAACUAGAAGGAAUGUGAAGAAUAGUUCCAAACCGAAUCCCUGAACAGGCUUCACUCCAAUCGCUUCAUUCAAUGCAUUGAUGCCGAGCCCACCACGAACCUUUGCUGGGGUUAGGCCGUAUCCGAGACCAGAGCCAGCGACAGCUGAAAAACAAUCGAUACUCAAAGCAAUGGUAGAAUGACGGCCUAUUCUUUAAAGGCAACAACAAGUGCGAUGACUGGGCUAGACAAUCUCCUUUCAACAAACAAGGGACAGCUCUAGCCCAUGCAACAAUUUUCUUCACUUACCCAUUGUCAUGAAGCUGGUGAAGCUAAAGAUCUCAAUGCCCAAAAAGUUUAGAGCUUUUCGGAAGUUUGAGAAAAUUGUUUAAAAAGUUUCACGAGCUUACUUAUUCUCUAUUUCUGGCACGCCAGUUUAGUUUGAUUUGCCUUUACCCUGACCUUUGCAUCCGGUCCCCAGUUUGCAUAGUUUAAUAGCAUCAAAAGUUCGUAAAAUGAUAAAUUUUUACUGCCUUUGUAAAGUCUCCUCAAGUACUGUCAGAAAGAAACUGCAAUAAACUUACUACUUAACCGGCAUUAAUCUUAAGCCAAAGUCUUAAAUUCCUAGCGUUCUCAGGAUCCCAAGAAUGCGCAAACUACAUUGACUUUAGGUAUUUGCAUUAGCUAGGAUGCGUAAAGCUUUGGGGCUUUGGGGGAAUUCGAUUGCCGUAUGUUCAGCUCAGCUAUAUGAAAAGCUGAAGAUAAGGAAGAUGAUAUUCAAAUUAACGGCGCUUGCAUUGAUAAAAGUGAUGAUUAUAAAAGACCCUGGGCGAAAGAUAGGAAAAUAAUUUCGCAGCCAUUCAGUUUUCUUUGCAAUGCAGUUGUAAUUUGAUAGACAAAAAAAUCUAUACUU